AUGUCAGGUAUUGAUAUGAAUCACUAUGGGCUCUACUUGGCCCAUAGCGGGACACCCGAAGAAGAGAAUUUCCAUUGGAUGAUUCUUCUUGCUCACCCUGGUGCAGAUAAAUGCUUUAGAUUUCAUUGUGAAGAGUCAGAUACUCCAUUCACGGGAUUUGGAGACAGCCGGUAUCGAAGAAUCGAGAAAAAGGAGCUCAUCUGCCGGAUUCCGAUAGAGUCUUUCGAUGUGGUUGCUAAACAGACUGAAGCUACACCACUACAGAGCUCCGCAUUCUGGGUACUAUAUCUACUGUUUCGACUUGAACGCAAGGGACUUGUACCGGAAGACACAUAUACUGAGUGGAUGACCCAUUAUUUGACGCAGAAUGAGCAGAACAAGGAAAACUGUGAUAAAGAUGAUCAGGGGCCCGGUAACCUUUGGGUCGAGGAGGAGUAG